CAUAAGUUUAGUUAUAGAUCUUUAUUUUGGAUACGGUGACAUGGCUUCGGAUAUCAAGAGAAUACAGUUUACACAUGCUUCAUUGACCCCCAAAGCCAAAUGCUCUCCAAAAUCCUCUAUAUAAAUUCUUUAAUAAUCACAUCUCUUACCAAACGAACCCAACUACACAAGUCUCUCUCUCUUUUCCCAUUUCUCCCUCUCUCUCUUUGUCUCUCUAUCAUCAAUUAUGCAAAAAGCAAUUCGACCAUACGAGUCACCGUGGACGAAGACCGUGCCGGGCAAUAGCAUUUUCCUUUUAAAGAAUGAAGAUAAACCAUCAUCAUCAUCAUCAUCAUUAUCAUGGUUAACAUCAGGAUCACCAAAGCCAACAUCUAUAAGCAAUAAGAGAUCAAGCAACCUAGUUGUGAUGGAGAAUGCUGUGGUGGUGUUUGCAAGGAGAGGCUGUUGUUUGGGACACGUGGCAAAACGGCUGCUACUGACACAUGGCGUGAAUCCAGUGGUGGUUGAGAUUGGUGAAGAAGACAACAACAACUACGACAAUAUCGCCACUCCAUCAAGAUUCGAACCGAUACAUGGUCGUCGUUCUCAGUCGCCACCGUCGACCGAAUCCGCUGGUGAGAAUAGCGUAAGAAGCAUCCACGGUAACGAAUCAACAAGAAGGGUUAAAUUAGAAGAGACCAUAACUAAAUCACGAUAAGAGAAUGCUUUCCUCCGCUCAAAUCUUACGGAUAGGUUCUGAGAUGAAGAACGAAGUUGUUUCAGAGAUAAUUUAGUAAUGGAUCAUCAUCGGAGAUCUUAAAAUUCGUAGAUAAAAUAUGGAUUUAUUUUUUGUCGUUUAGAAGAAGAAGAAUAGCAAAUUUUCGAGUAUUUCCUUUUUUCCGACUAGGUUACGAAAAAGGAAAUUUCAUUAAUUAUGCUAAAAACAAAAAAAUAUGGAAAUUUUCUCACAACGGUCAUAUUUGUUGAAACAGAGAAUGUGCCGUUGAGAUCGAGAGGAGAAAUUCGGGAUCAUGUGAGCUCUUUUCAACCGACAAGAUCCUGCAACCAAUAAGAUCUCUACCGAUUUUUGUAGUUGCUUAUCUUUGGUUACUUUGGUCAAAACACAAUCACAAACUCGUUAGAUACAAAACUGUUCAGAAAAAACUUUCACUCUGAUACCAUGUCAAAUUCACGCA